AUGGAUAUAAAACCCACUGAUAGUUGGAUUAUGAAAGCGAUCUUAAACCAGAGAAGUGAGGUCCAGAGGCUGAAUGGCUGGGAGAAUAUCAUGGGCUGGCACAACUUCAACAUGAGCAAAGUGUAUAGAAAAUUGCAGGAUUAUGGUGUAAAAGUGGACUGGAAAAAUCUGGUAUAUGGUAAUAACGCAAGGCCUCGAGCUUGCUUUAUGUUAUGGCUCACCUGUCAUGAAAAAUUAGCAACAAAAGACAGAUUACACAAGUUUGGCAUGAUUGAUAAUAGGGACUGUUGUUUUUGCGCAGAAGAGGAAUCGAUCAAUCAUCUUUUCUUCGAAUGCAACACUAUGAAAAGAAUUUGGAUGAAUGUUUUGAAUUGGCUACAGGUUAGGCGCACCCCCCACAACUGGCACAUUGAGCGUCAAUGGUUAACUCAACAAGCGAAGGGCAAGGGACCCCGAGCUCAAAUGAUUAAAAUGGCAGCAGCGGAAACGAUCUAUGAGCUAUGGAUGAUGAGAAAUAAUAAAAGUUUUGGUAAUGAUGUGGAUACCACUAGUAUAGUAAAAAACAUUAUAGAUACCGUAAUCUAUAGAGGGUGGGAAAAUAAGAAGAUUAGGAGAUACUUAGCUAUCCUGAUGAUAGGAGAGUGA